AUGUCAUCUCGCCCCAACUAUAUGCCCAAGCUUCCUGCGAGGGAAGUUACAAACCUUAUGAAGGAAUGCACGGCCGCGGCAGAUCGGCUUGCGCAAAGGGCGCGAUUGACUCCGGAUAGCGAGCCGUUGCCCGCGGGUAUCGAUUUCACAAGCGAUGAGUACGAUGCUAUUGUAGAGCAGCUCAAGGCCAAAUCCAAUCUACCCAAGCAUGCCGCAGAGUCUGUUGAGUGCGCCUUCGCUGCCAAAUAUCUGGAGCGUCUUGUGACAGUCCUACGCACCCUGUCCCUUGAGGCACAGCCGAAAGCGAUAUCGAUCUACAUCCGUAUCAUAUCGCUUCUCGGCAAUCCAGUCGAUGGCAGGCCUAGUAAUCCUUACUUGCGAAAUUUCUUCACGUCCGAGGAACACGCAAAAGACCUUGCUAGCCUCAUCGCGAGAGCCAUCGUCAACGGCGUCGAGUUCACAGCGAAGCCUGGUAGUCUGUCAGCCGUGUGCAGACAGCUCUAUACCAUAGUCGUCUUCGGAGACUCCUCCUGGGGAGAUGAUGGGAGAGCAUGCAUCGAUCUACCUCUGAGGCAGGCGGUAGUGGAGAAACUCAAACCGUCAAUGGCGCCGCAGGAUCCUGAAGUUGCAAAAGGGAACAGCACCAAACCGAAAGAUCCCAUACGCGUACUCGUGGGAUCUCUUGAAGUAGCAGGUAUGGACGGUAUCGGGCCGACAUACCUGAGUGCCCUCCGACACGCCUGGUUGACGACAUUCUCCUCCGGUAUUGAGGGCGAUGCUGAUUGCGCAAUCAAAAGGCGAAGCAAGGCGUUGAACCAUAGGGGAGUUCGAACAGGUCUUACUGUGGCGAGCGGCACACCGUACGGUUGA